GCCCCGUGGCAGCGGGAGCUGCAGGCGACGCGCAGCGGCGCGCGGCCCGGCGGAGAGCACCCGGGCGCGGGUCCCGACACCGACGACUGCGGGGCCUCCCGCCCGCGCCCCGCGCCCGUCCCCGUCCCCGUCCCCGUCCGCAGAGCCCGCUGUGUAGGAAGCCACCCUCGGAGAGGCGGCCGGGAUGGCCGGCUCGGCCCGGGAGCACCUGCUCUUCGUGCGGCGGCGGAACCCCCAGAUGCGCUACACGCUGAGCCCCGAGAACCUGCAGAGCCUCGCCCAGGGCUCCCGGCCCGAGAACAUGGCCCUGCAGCGGGCCAACAGCGACACGGACCUGGUGACCUCCGAGAGCCGCUCCAGCCUGACGGCCAGCAUGUACGAGUACACGCUGGGCCGCGCCCAGAACCUCAUCAUCUUCUGGGACAUCAAGGAGGAGGUGGACCCCAGCGACUGGAUCGGACUGUAUCACAUCGAUGAGAAUUCUCCGGCCAACUUCUGGGAUUCUAAAAACAGGGGUGUGACGGGGACACAGAAAGGGCAGAUUGUGUGGAGGAUUGAGCCCGGGCCCUAUUUCAUGGAACCGGAGAUAAAGAUCUGCUUUAAGUACUACCAUGGCAUCAGCGGAGCCCUGCGCGCCACCACCCCCUGCAUCACCGUGAGGAACCCCGCUGUGAUGAUGGGGGCAGAAGGAGGUGCUUCCGGAAGCCCGCAUUCCCGGAAGCUCAUCAGCUUCACGCUGUCCGAUCUCAGAGCUGUCGGGCUAAAGAAAGGGAUGUUCUUCAACCCGGACCCUUACCUGAAGAUGUCCAUCCGGCCGGGGAAGAAGAGCAGCUUCCCCACCUGUGCCCACCACGGGCAGGAGCGGAGGUCCACCAUCAUCAGCAACACCACCAACCCCAUUUGGCACCGAGAGAAAUACUCCUUUUUUGCACUUCUUACCGAUGUCUUAGAAAUUGAAAUUAAAGACAAAUUUGCCAAGAGCCGUCCUAUCAUCAAGCGUUUCCUGGGGAAGCUGACCAUCCCCGUGCAGCGGCUGCUGGAGCGCCAGGCCAUCGGCGACCAGAUGCUGAGCUACAACCUCGGCAGAAGGCUGCCCGCCGACCACGUGAGCGGGUACCUCCAGUUUAAAGUGGAGGUGACGUCCUCCCUGCAUGAAGAUGCCUCCCCGGAAGCCGUGGGCACGAUGCUCGGGGUCGGCUCUGUGAACGGAGACCUGGGCAGCCCUUCGGACGAGGAGGAGAUGGCCGGGGCCCACCCCGACGGCCCGGCCUGCUCCAACGGGCCCGUGUCCGAGGAGAGCGCCGAGGGGACUCCCAAGCACUCCUGCAGGACUAGCUCCACCCUGGACAUGGACGGGGAGGACCUGACCUCCGUGUCCUCGAGGAACUCGCCGCCCCGCGGACGCCAGGACUCACUCAACGAUUACCUGGAUGCCGUGGAACACCACGGCCCCGCCAGGCCGGGCCCCGCGCCCUGCGCCGAGCGGCCCCGGGGGGCCUCUCCGAAGCUGAGGAGCAGCUUCCCCACCGACACGAGGCUCAGCGCCAUGCUCCACAUCGACUCCGACGAGGAGGACCACGAGCUGCAGCUGGGCCUGGGCUCCCCGUCGUCCCUGGAAGAGGAGGGGGGCAUGAUCAUGUUCGGGGGGCCCGCGAGGACUGACGACGGGAGCCUGUCCUCUCAGACGAAGCAGGAAGACGCCCCGCUGGAGACCGAGGAGGCCCCCAUGCCCGAUGCCGCUUCCUCGGAGGGGAAGCCGGAGGGUCUCCCCGAGGAGCUGGCCGAGGGCUCCUCCCCAGCAGGCCCUGCCCCAGGGGACUGCGAAGAGGGUCCAGAGUCUCCAGCCGGUGCCGACCUGGACCAGGACCAGGACCAGGACCAGGACCAGGACGGCACUGAGCCCUGUGGCUCCCAAGAGGUGGACCCGCCCACGAGUGGGGCAGACACGGGCACCCCGGACACGUCGGGAGGGAGCCGGAGGGCCACCAGUGAGACCGAGUCCCUUGACCAGGGCUCAGAGCCCUCCCAGGUGUCCUCCGAGACGGAACCCAGCGACCCCGCCCGGACCGAGAGCGUGAGCGAGGCCAGCACCAGGCCCGAGGGCGAGAGCGACCUGGACGGCGCGGACAGCUCCUGCAACGAGAGCGUCACCACGCAGCUGUCCUCGGUGGAGACGCGGUGCUCCUCUCUCGAGAGUGCCCGGUUCCCGGAGACCCCGGCCUUCUCUCCCCAGGAGGAGGAGGAGGACAGGGCCUGUGCGGGGGAGCCCCCCAGCGGCGGCCCCGCCCGGGGGGCGCAGGAGGCCACGUGCGCCCCUGGGUCCCUGCCGGCGGUGCACAUGCCCAGCGCCGAGGAGGAGGGUCCCGGGGCAGAGGCGGCCACCUUCCCCGACCAGGACGAGGGCGGGGAGGUCUGGCAGCGGAGGGGCAGCCUCGAGGGAGCGGCGGCCACUGUGGAGAGCCAGCCCCAGGAAGAGGGCGACGCCGGCGGCGGCGAUGCCCAGGCGGCUGGUGAAGGGGCCACUGCCCAGGAGGAGGGCGCCACUGGAGGUUCUCAGGCCAACGGCCAUCAGCCACUGCGCUCACUGCCUUCCGUGCGCCAGGAUGUCAGCCGGUACCAGCGGGUGGACGAGGCUCUCCCACCAAACUGGGAGGCGCGCAUCGACAGCCAUGGCAGGAUCUUCUACGUGGACCACGUGAACAGGACCACGACGUGGCAGCGGCCCACGGCGCCCCCCGCCCCACAGGUGCUGCAGAGGUCCAACUCCAUCCAGCAGAUGGAGCAGCUGAACCGCAGGUAUCAGAGCAUCCGCAGAACCAUGACGAACGAGAGGCCCGAGGAAAACACCACCGCCAUCGAUGGGGCCGGGGAGGAGGCCGACUUCCACCAAGCCAGCGCAGACUUCCGCCGGGAGAACGUCCUGCCGCACUCUACCUCCAGAUCCAGGCUCACGUUGCUGUUACAGUCUCCCCCCGUGAAGUUCCUCAUCAGCCCCGAGUUCUUCACCGUGCUACACUCGAACCCCAGUGCCUACCGCAUGUUUACAAACAACACGUGUUUGAAGCACAUGAUCACCAAAGUCCGGCGGGACACCCACCACUUUGAACGCUACCAGCACAACCGGGACCUUGUGGGAUUUCUCAACAUGUUCGCCAACAAACAGCUGGAGCUGCCCAGGGGCUGGGAAAUGAAACACGACCAUCAGGGCAAGGCGUUCUUUGUCGACCACAACUCCCGGACCACCACGUUCAUCGACCCCCGGCUCCCCCUGCAGAGCGGCCGGCCCACGAGCGCACUGGUGCACCGGCAGCACCUGACCCGGCAGCGCAGCCACAGCGCGGGCGAGGUAGGAGAGGAUUCGCGACACGCGGGGCCGCCCGUCCUUCCCAGGCCGUCCAGCACGUUCAACACCGUCAGCAGGCCGCAGUACCAGGACAUGGUUCCAGUGGCUUAUAAUGACAAGAUCGUUGCAUUUCUGCGCCAACCCAAUAUCUUUGAAAUUCUGCAGGAACGUCAGCCUGAUCUCACCAGGAACCACUCACUCAGGGAGAAGAUCCAAUUUAUUCGAACGGAAGGGACCCCAGGAUUGGUGCGUCUUUCCAGUGAUGCAGACCUUGUGAUGUUGCUGAGUUUAUUUGAAGAAGAGAUAAUGUCUUAUGUGCCUCCACAUGCCUUACUCCACCCCAGCUACUGUCAGUCCCCGCGCGGCUCCCCUGUGUCCUCUCCCCAGAACUCGCCAGGUACGCAGCGUGCCAAUGCCCGGGCACCAGCCCCUUACAAGCGAGACUUUGAAGCCAAGCUGAGGAACUUUUACAGGAAGUUGGAGACUAAAGGAUAUGGACAAGGCCCAGGGAAAUUAAAGUUAAUCAUCAGAAGAGAUCACUUACUCGAAGAUGCUUUUAAUCAGAUCAUGGGCUACUCCCGGAAAGACCUGCAGAGAAAUAAGCUGUACGUCACCUUCGUCGGGGAGGAAGGGCUGGAUUACAGCGGACCUUCCAGAGAGUUCUUCUUCCUGGUGUCCAGAGAACUCUUCAAUCCAUAUUACGGCUUAUUCGAAUAUUCGGCCAAUGACACAUACACAGUGCAGAUAAGUCCCAUGUCCGCUUUUGUGGACAAUCACCAUGAAUGGUUCCGGUUCAGCGGCAGGAUCCUGGGCCUGGCGCUGAUACACCAGUACUUGCUGGAUGCCUUCUUCACGCGGCCCUUUUACAAGGCUCUCCUCAGAAUCCUGUGUGACCUGAGUGACCUCGAGUACCUGGAUGAAGAGUUCCACCAAAGCCUACAGUGGAUGAAGGACAACGACAUCCACGACAUCCUGGACCUCACCUUCACUGUGAACGAAGAAGUCUUCGGGCAGAUCACGGAGCGCGAGCUAAAGCCUGGGGGUGCCAACAUCCCGGUCACGGAGAAGAACAAGAAGGAGUACAUCGAGAGGAUGGUGAAGUGGCGGAUCGAGCGCGGCGUGGUGCAGCAGACCGAGAGCUUGGUGCGCGGCUUCUACGAGGUGGUGGAUGCCAGGCUGGUCUCUGUGUUCGAUGCGAGGGAACUAGAGCUGGUCAUCGCAGGCACUGCCGAAAUAGACCUGAGUGACUGGAGAAACAACACCGAGUACAGAGGAGGGUACCACGACAAUCACAUUGUAAUUCGGUGGUUCUGGGCUGCGGUGGAGAGAUUCAACAAUGAACAACGACUGCGGUUGUUACAGUUUGUGACGGGCACGUCCAGCAUUCCCUACGAAGGCUUCGCCUCUCUCCGAGGAAGCAAUGGCCCCAGAAGGUUCUGUGUGGAAAAGUGGGGGAAAAUCACCGCGCUUCCCAGAGCUCACACGUGUUUCAACCGCCUGGACCUCCCCCCGUACCCCUCGUUCUCCAUGCUGUACGAGAAGCUCCUGACGGCCGUUGAGGAGACCAGCACCUUUGGACUUGAGUGACCAGAAGCCCAGUGCCCGGCUGCGUGGGGGCAGGCGGCUGGGGAGGCUGCCCUCCAGGACGGCCCACCCCCGGGAGGGGCCGAGCGGGCUUCCGUCUGAGUAACGCCUUCCCUUGACAAGCCUAAGCCACGUGUGGGGACUGGAUCGCCGUGAGGAGUCCUCUCUGAAGGAUGGGGGUGAGCUUGAUGCCCAGGGGACAACCCAACAGUCUUUCAGUCGGCAGGUCCUGACUCCCACGCUUCUUCCCAUUCGUUGCAUCCCAAGACCAAGAUGAACCUGUGCGGAUCAGCUCAAGGUCACUGUGCAGGGACUUGGGAGAAUCUUGAAACUUGACCUUGAACGUGAUUCAAGCCAAACCGCAGCCCUUGACCCGAUCUCCAAAUUAGUGCGAGUUCAAUAAUGGAAUAAAAACACGUGUAUUUCCCAAAAGUACCUUUGUGUGAGCCCCAAGUUAUCACAGAAUAUUCCUUUUCUUGCUUAUGUGUGCCUGCAUGGUGUUGCACGUAGGUUUCAGCUUCCACGGGACCCGAGUGGAAAUGAAACCAAGUCAACAUGAGGCAACUUUAAAGAUUUGCAAUAAGGUGGUCUAUGACGAUGGAUAUGCAAAGUGGUCUGUGUGUCAUUAUGGCUGGAGACAAACUGUUCCACAGUGAAUUACUACCGACAGAUUGUAUGCUUUCUAAUGCAUGGAAACAAUUUUAAAUAACUAGCGAUUAACUCACAGCAUAUCAGAAAAAAGUCCACGGUGAGUUCCGUUCAUUUUUUUAUAGGUUCAUGACAUUUAUGUUCUUUAAGGUGUAUAUAGGAGCCCACCUGUCCUGUUCGUGUCGCCGGAUCCAUUUCCAUGUUCCAUGCUUCCUUGGGCAUCAUGCCAGUAGGUAUCCUUUUAAGCACUGUCCAGGGAACCAAAGGGCCUUUUAUUUUUCUAAAGGUACAAAAAAAUUCCCCGAAAUAUUUUGCACUGAAUGUACCAAAGUUGAAGGGACGUUACAAGAUGACUGACAGCAACUCCAUCACUGGGCAAGUAUAACAGGAAACAGCUUUGAAAUUCAGACUUCUCCACAGUGCCAUGUCUACCACUACAGGACUGUGCAUCUAAGUAAUAAUUUUUUAAGACUCACGAUAUGUGAUAGUACGAUAUGCAUUUAUUUAAAAUGCAUUAGACUCUUCCAUCCAUCAAAUUCUUUACAGGAUGGCAUUUAAUAAAGAUAUUUCGUACCCCACCCCCCUGCUUUUUAUUUGUACAGCAUCAUGAAACACCAGGCUCACUGAGGGGAGCCAUCAGCAACACCUAAGGGGUCAGCUCUCUUUAGUAACCAGAAUUCCAUCUCCCUCGUCAGUGAAGACGUCACAGACGGAAACCCUCAGUACCCUAUUGCCAAGCCUGCAUUUUCACCGAUGCGUAAAUUCCUCAUCAACAUAAGGAAACGGGUCUUCUAGGAUACCUUGGACAUUGCAUGACACCACUCAUGUUACACUUGCUUAGUUUUCUCAGAGGGUGUCCUUCGUUUCUACUGCUUUCGGGUUUUUUCCACAUCGUUGUUUAUUUCUGGACGUAUGGCCAUAACUCAUCAGAGGAUCAAUGCAGCGAAGUUAAAUUGUGAAUAAUAAAAGCGUUGGAUUAACAUCUGGUUUGCCAGCCUAUGGUUUUACAGGCAUUGCCCGACCACUUCUCUGAGCUCUAAGUAGCCGUGGGAUCCUCGUUGGGGGAUGUUGGCGGUCUUACACUUUGUAAAGGUCACGUGCGUGGGUUAUGUAGGUUGGUCUUAAGAGCAGAUUACCCCCCCCCCCGUUGGGUGAGCUGCAUUUACUGGUGGGGUCUCGAGAGAAGAGCCACUCAGGCUGCGUUCCUGCACUAGAGGCAGAUGCUGCCGGGCGGGGAAUGUUCUGAAAUAAAGACCCCCAAGCCCGCAGGUGGGGAGGGAAGGGGUACCUGUGUCCUGUCACUGGACCAGAAACUACGGGAAGAGAAAAACUUUUAACUGGAACAAUUAGUGUGUACUUACUGACCAUGAAUGUAAGUAUUUUUAAUUUUGCAAAUUAUUUUUACUAGAUACAAGGGAAAUCAUAUAAUAUACUUUAUUUAAAAAACGACAUUUUUUAUGGUCAUGUGACGUUUCAGAGCCGGCAUUCUCUAAACAGCUGAAAUUGAAGGUGGCAUUUCUUACAAAAAUACAUUCCUAGACCACGUGAGCUUUCAUUUUGGUCUGUGACACUUGGUUACCAUACUCCACAUUAUCAGGUAAAAGAAAUUUAAAGUAAAGUGUCUCUCUUUAAUUAUUUCUAAGAAAUAUAUUUAUUUGUUAGGGCAUCCAACUUCUCGUAUAACAGUAUAAGCACCUAGCUGCUACUGUUCUCAGAAUUGGGGAUUCUCAAAGACGUACUUAGCCUAUCAAAACACCAUGGUUACUGACCUUUUUUUUUUUUUCCACUAGUAAAACAAAGACUCCAGUAAUCACUUUCUAGAAUAUUAAAUAUCAUGUCUACAGAAUAAUUUAGUCUUGAAUAUACUCUACAAUUAGAAAUAUCCAUGUAUUUUUUUUCUUCUGGACUGUGAACUGGGUAACUCGCUGUAUGGCCUUGUUCCUUUAAGAAGCUCUUAAGUGAUACUCAUACCGCCCCGUCUUAUAGCAUAAAAGACAGUCAUGAUGCAUCAUGUACGUACGCAGAGAAUCUCUGAGAUGAGAGGAGAGGCACAGUGUUGGCAUUCGCCCCGUGUCAGCCACUGUGUCUGAUCAUGGAGCUGCAGAUUCGAAAUCUGCCCUUGAGAAGUUCAUGAUCUAGAGGAGUAGACACCAAGGUUCAAAAAAGUCUUUUCAGUAGAAUUUGGUUCCACCAUCAAGGGAUGAGAAGAGAAUGGUUUGCUCCGUCUGGGAAGUCACUGAAGGCUUCAUACAUGGGCAUUACUGUAGCCGAGGAAGGAAGGGAGGAAAGUCACAUAAUGCCCUGUCUGUUGGGGCUAAAGGCAGGUCAUAGCGUGUUGGUACUGGUCAAGUGCUGGAGCCCAUGGUGCAUUCAUGCACAAGGGUUUGAAGUGUGCGUGUGGGGAGCUGCACCUGAAGGAACAACUGGAGGGUCUUCAAAUUGUCCAAGAAAUGCCCCAGUGAGAUGUGGCCCUUUCCCGGUUCCUCUGGUCUGCACUCCAGUGUACCUUCCGUUUUCACUGUGAGAAAUACCAGUCCUGAGCCCAACCCGCUUCUGGAGUCGAAACGUUUUUCUUGUGCAAAAACGAAUGGAUCUUGGUCAGAGAAGCGUGGUCAUCAUUUUCUAGCAUCUGUUGUGCUUAUGACGACUUAGUAGAAAUUCUGUAAUUGAAGGAAAAUCUGUGUCACCUGCAUAAGAAUCCUUAUGGUAACACAGCGUUCAGAUGAUGAAUGGCAAUGGUCGCACCUGUUUGUGUCGCACUUUAGAGUGUCAGAGGACUUCCGGGGCAUCAUCUCUCCAUCCUCACACACUUCGUGGGGUUGAAGGUACCACGUCCCAUGUGGUUUGAGGCUGGUGUUUGCGGCUGGCUGGUGAGAUGUUUCAGUGCUUUAUAGUUACAAUUCUAGGUUUCGCCACCAGAGAUGGAGAGGGCUAAUGUUUCUACCAGCAUGUUUCGCUUUCAGUGAAUUUUGCAAGAUGAUUCACCUACCAAAGGCUCACUUUUUCAAACACUCUAAAAUGUGACGCCCUCAGAAAAGCCCAUGAAGAAAUGAGUACAGUACAUUCCUGGAAAAAAACUCCCCAUACGCUUAACGGUUGCAUUUUACUAUUUGUUAUAAGAAAUGAAAAACAGAAUGCCAAUGUGACUGCUUUUGGUGGAUUUAUGUAGUAUAGCAGUUUAGUUUUCUCAAAUACUAUUUGGAAGCAACAUCAUGGGAAAAAGGACUUUAAUCAAAAGCCUUCUUUUAUUUUAAUUUUUCAUUUUUAGGAAGGAUGGGUCUAGAAAGCCCUGGUAGCGGAGUGGCAGUGAUGUGGAUGAAGAAACUACUGCAGGGUUGGGUUUUUUUUUUCCUCUCUGUCCUCACAUUCAUCCAUUUUUUUCUUUCUUUCUACACAAACUGUAUUUAGAACGUGACCACUUGUAACUAAGACAAACAUCUUUGAAUGAAGAGUCUAAAAGUCUUUCCAGUUUAAACCCCAUUCAGGAAAUCCCCCGGGCAGGUGGAAUGAUGCUAUGUGCUCAUUAAGAGAUAUGUGUAAGUCUGCACAGUCAGAGCAUGCAAGUGAAGACUCAUCUCCAAACCGAGUCUGAGCAGCAGGCCCUUCGUUCUCUCUGACCUGCUUUCUGAUUUAGAUGAUGAGUACGAACACUAGAUCUCAGGCACCUUCCUCCCAUCGAAUUUGAGUUUAGAUCGAGACUGUCACUUCCAAUUAAAUUCCAAUCUUUGCAAAAUCCCUUAACUGUGCAGUUCGAUUGUGCUUUCCAGGUAGGUGUGUUUGUCUAACACGGAAGCAGAGGGGUUCCGGAGACAGUAAAGCUUUCUCAUUUCUAAAUGGUGGCUGAAAGCCAACCAACUGCUCCCCGCUGGGUGAUAAAAAAACGAAAAAGCAAAAAGAGGUGCCCUGCCCUCCAGGAACGCAGUGCUAAUUACUGACUGACAACAGCCCAGACAGGGGUGGUCACUGCAUUCCAGGAGCGUGUGGACUAGCAGUUGUUAAGGGAGGACUGUAACGGGGAAGCUGAAACAAGGGAGGGAGGAUCCCGUAGGGCUUGCUGGUGGGGUCGGAGCAAACAGUGAGUCUGGUUUCUGACUUUGAGGAAAAGCGUGCCAUGAUGCUUAAUGAGGGCGCUGCUUGCUACCCCCCCUUCUUGGGAAUAGCCCAUUUUCUAAGUUUGGCGGGUCGAUGACAUUUUGGGAUUGCAAAACAGAAUGUAGCCCCCACUAUUAGAGUCAACCAGAGCUUCCAUCAGGGGAGUCAGUAAUUUAGUAUUAAAUCCCAUUGUGGAUAUUUUUAAACUUAAGGAGCAUUGUUACUACGAUUGAACUUCAUACAUGAAAUAGAGGAAAGGGUGUUGCUUGGCUUAGUCCACGGAAUGUGUUUUCCAGUAGACGUUCUUUGGCGUUCGAAGAGCUUUUGAGACAUUUUCAUGGUUUCUAGUGGUGACUUCAAUGCCCUCUGUUAGUCUAGAAGGCGAAAACCUUAAGAACUGGGUUCCUGAAUUUCAAAUGGAGACCUAGUCAGUGUUUCCAGCUUUUCAGGAAGUGAAUCAAGACUGAAAAGACAUUUGCUUAGACGUACGAUGCGGAGUAGUUGGCUUUCAUGAUGGGCAGGUCAGCAGCAUGGGCAGGCCCCCGUUUCCCGGGGAACACAGGAACACUGCGUUCAUGUGCGUGGCUUUUACUUCUGGUCGCCUUGGGCAGGCGAUGUCUUUCUAUCUGAUUUUUCUUUGAAGAUAUUACAACCCUGAGGCAUGUUGAUCUGUAUGUUGUGUGAUUCAAACUGAAUCGGCUGUUACUGAUGCCAAAGGAAUCAUCAGUAAACUUCUGGUUACUAUCACCUUCUGCAAAAAAAAAAAAAAAGGGGGGGGGGUGGUGAAUAACAUUCAAGAAAUACCUUGGAAGGAUUAACUAAGAACCAAAUGUUCUUUUAGGACCUUAAUGCUCUAAAAGAUGUUAUUACAACCUAUUUAUGUUUCUUUACAUGCUAUCAUAGGUAAAAUUUGAGGCUGUUAAUAUUUGGAACGUACAUAAGAUUACAUGUUUUUACAAUAGGGAUGCAGGCAUUCCAAAGUAAAUGAAAAUACGUGCAUCUCUCUUGCCUCUUACUGAAAGUAUUAAUCGAAUUUUAUAAUAAUGCUUACUUUUUAAUAUGAAGGCUCUGCAAAAAAAAACCAUAUUUAUUUCUAAGAUUUCAGUAGAGCCCAGGUGAUGUAUUUUUUUAAAGCCUUGCCAUUUCCUUUCACCACCUCCACCUACUGUGUCUACCACACCAUGUAUCACAGGUAAUCGCUAUGUUUCUAUUUUGUUGAGUUGAUUUAGAAUUCAUACCUAGUCAAUGUGACUUUUCAUAGAGAAUAAUAACAGGAGGCAUUUGCUAUUGGCAUUAAGAUUAUACAGCUCUCAUUUCACCUUAUAUUUAAAGUUCAUCUUUUAUUUUUUUUCAAAGCAAACAAUGCGGAUUGUUGACAUCCUAGAAGUGACUCGCGGGUGGUAUUAAGUGGAGCCUGGAACUCUGACAUGUAGACUCCUUGUUUGUUUUCUGCAAAGUCUGUGUUCUUAUCCUCAUCUGACCCCCUGGCUUUUGUGUUGUAUUUUUUUAUGAUUCUGAAAUGCUUUGAAGGAAAGAUAUUUUAAUGUGUACAAUUUAUUUUAUUUUCAUACUGAUCUCUAUUUUGUUUAAAACCAUGUUGCAUCAUGAAAUCACUUAAUCCAAAAUAAAUCUUCUUUAAAAAAAUA